UUUGAUAGUUAUGAUAUUACAAUCCAGUCCAGAUGUACUGUAAGAAGUUUUUCUUCGAAAGGUAAGUGAGAGACCAAUAUUUCAACCAUGCGCAAAUCGUAAUCGGCAUCGAAAAGCAGAACGGCUGAACGAGCAGCAUACUAGCGGAGAAGAAGAUUGAAUGGCUCAAACAAUCUCUUACAUAACCGGCGCGCAGCUUCUCUCCCUCAGGCGACGCCCAAAUAUCGCCAUAAUAGACGUCAGGGACGAAGAGAGGAGUUAUGAUGGGCACAUAGCGGGGUCUCUGCACUACGCCAGUGACACCUUCAGUGAUAAGAUAUCCGAUCUGAUUCAAGAUGUCAAAGGGAAAGAUACCCUUGUUUUCCAUUGCGCUUUAAGCCAGGUCCGUGGCCCAACUUGUGCCAGGAAGUUUGCCAGUCAUCUAGAGGAGACGAAGGAAGACACUGGAAUAAAAAGUGUGCUGGUAUUGGAGCGUGGCUUCAAUGGCUGGGAGGCUUCUGGUAGACCUGUUUGUCGCUGCACUGACGUCCCUUGUAAGGGCAAGACUACAUAAGGAUCUAGUGAAAGUUAUUCUUGGCUGGAAAGCAAAUAUAUUGUCAUGUUAGCAAUGGUAUAUACUGAUUCCAGACAAGGUUUUCCUUUAAAUAGGAUACGUUUAUUGUCACUGAAUUGCAUACUUUUAAAUCAUAUAUUUGACACUUGGCCUAAUGGAAGUGCUUUAUAGUCCGAAGGUUUAAAAUUCAUACUAGUCCUAACUGCAUCUACAACUAGUAAGACAUGUUUCUCUGAUUCUCCAUCUUGUAUUGUGUUGAUGACCUACUCAUUCAUGGUAUGGGCUAACAUAUUCAUGUAUUCUGUAUUUACUUUCAUAAUUGAAAUCCACAUCCUCUAAGCAACGUACCAAUGGUUCAGAGUUUAAAUUUUCAUGUUAGUAUUGUGGAAUUGGUAACAAGGAGUUUGUAAAGAAAGGAUUGUUUUUAUC